CGUUACGCUGCCACCUUUUAAAAUCGCCGUCCCAUCCUCUCACCAUCUUCGCCAUAACAAAUCUUGAAGUCUUGACAGAAUACUCAUUCUUCCUCUGCUCUAUCUAUCUAUUUUUUCUCACUCCUCAAUGGCUAGUACAGAGGAGGAGAACAAAUCGACCUCACAUCCGUCCUAUCCAAAGUGGAUACUUGCUGCGAUCGCUGCGGGUGGGGAGAAGGAGGGAUUGAACAAGUCCGAUAUAUCAAAGUACAUAGAGACGACAUAUAGUGAAAGCUUGCCGGAGGGACACGAGGCGGCGCUCUCGGACGCUCUUUUGAAGAUGAAGGAGAGCGGCGAGCUUCUUUUUGUCAAAAAUAGCUACUUGAAGGCAGACCCCAGCUCGGCCCCUCGCCGUGGACGGGGACGCCCGCCGAAGCCGAAGCAGCCGUUGCCGCCGGGCGUGUCUCCGCCAACUCCGCGUCCACGUGGCCGGCCGCCGAAGCCUAAAGAUCCUCUCGCUGCCGCCAUCGCCAAGGCAGCUAGUGGCCUUCCCCGCCCCCGCGGUCGGCCGCCAAAGAAGCACCGGCCGGCGGUGGCCUCUGUUCAAAAGACGGGAGUUAAGUCUUCCGGCUUGAAGCCGGCGGUUGCUGGUGUGAAAAGAGGGAGGGGAAGGCCUCCCAAGGUGAGAGCGCCUGUGGCGGACGUUGCUGCAGAGUGAGUGGCGCUUGUUUGGUUUAUUGUGACGAGGUUAUAAGGAAUUCGAUGCCUUUCGGUUGUUUAGUUUUUCUCCUUAGAAAUGCUAAUGAAUUUAAUAUGUAAGUUCUUUAUCAUUUUAUGAUGUUGCUGUGUCUUUGUUAGGGUUGUAAUUUGCAUGUACAAGAUGCCGUGUUACUGAGAACGACUUAAUUGAUUAAAAUGUUUUUAUCCCCUCUA